CGCCUUCCCCUUGGCUCCAGCCUCUGCCUUGGGUCGUGGCGGGGCCGGAGUCCUGGCCGCCAUGCGCUCGCUCGGGGACCAGGUGCACGACUGGCACCGGGGCGUGCAGGCCGUGGCCCGCGGGGACUGGGGCUGUGCUCUGCGCCUCUUCUCCAGCGUCCCGGAGCCUCCCGCCAGGAUGAGCUUCAACGUGGGCUGCGUUCACUUGCUGGCUGGUGACCCCCAGGCUGCGCUGCUGGCAUUUGACCAGGCAGUAGCCAAGGACACCUGCAUGGCUGUCGGCUUCCUCCAGCGAGGAGUGGCCAACUUCCAGCUGGAGAGGUUCCAGGAGGCCCUGCUGGACUUCCAGUUGGCCUUGGCACAGCUGAGGGGCAACGCCGCCAUUGACUACACACAGCUGGGCCUCCGCUUCCGGCUGCAAGCCUGGGAGCUGCUGUACAACGUGGCAUCAGUGCAGUGCCAGCUAGGGCUCUGGACUGAGGCUGCCACCACCCUGAGGGAGGCCAUCUCCAAGUGGCCGGAGGGGGCCCAGGACGGCCUGGACGUUGCCCUGGACCACGUGCAGAAUCAGGCCCCUCUGCAGCCUCGGCAGGUCCCGAGGGGUGAGGUCUUCCGGCCCCACAGGCGACACCUAGAGCUCCUGCAGCCAGUGGAUUUCCUCGGCAAGGCCAAGGUGGUCGUCUCCACCAUCCCCAUUGAUCAGCACUCAAGUGUCCAGCCUCAGCAGGCAAAUGCAGCUGGCAGUGGAGCUGGUCCCAGGGCUGUAGCACGGGCCCGAGUCCCAGACCUACAAAGAGCCAGCACCAACCCCAGUCCCCCAGGUGCAGAAACUAAAGUCAGCACUGACCGCUUCCUGUUGGUCACCUCCCAGGGGCCAGGGCCCCAGGGGGAGCAGGUGGGCGUGCAGGCCCCUCCGUCCUCAGGGCUGUUGGCAUCUGGGGAGCCUGGCCCCAGGCCCUCUGAGGACCCCUUGGCUGCGGUGGGAGCAGCGCCAAAGGGCCUGGAGUCCGUUCCUGUCACGGUGCAGUGUGCCUUCACCGUGACGCUGAAGGCCCCCAGAGGAGCCGGCCUGUCUACCCUAAGGUCUCUCCUGGCUCAGGCCCUCCCUUGCCAGGCCCAGCAGGGGCAGCUCAGUUACCAAACCUCCAGUGAGGAGGGCUUGUGGACCCCCAUCCAAGGGGAGGACUCGCUGCAGCGUGCAUGGAGGGAUGAAGCCUUUGGCCACAGGGGCCUGAGGCUCCAGUGCCGCGGGGCUGGGGGCCGGCCAGUCCUCUACCAAGUGGUGGCCCAGCACAGCUACUCCGCCCAGGGGCCUGUGGACCUGGCUUUCCACCAAGGGGAUGUGCUGGAUGUCCUGUGUGAAGUGGACGAGGCUUGGCUAGAGGGACACCGUGAUGGCUGCAUUGGCAUUUUCCCUAAGUGCUUCGUGGUCCCGGCGGCCCCUGUGAAGAACCCUCACCAGCCCCAAAGUCCCGAUCUGCACCAAACAAUCUAACGUCAAGUGUGCUUUUAAUUAAAACACAACUACCUGC